ACUUGCUGGCUUGUGGGCCUCCUAGGCGGUUCCCUCUCCUCUCUUCUCCUAGAACGGUCUCUUCCUGCCAGAACGCAGGGCGGCCACCAUGCAGCUCCUCCUCGUCUUGUGCCUGAUGCUUCUCAGCCCCGGGAUGACCACCAUCGGCCGCCGUGAGUCCAGGAGGAAAGCCAAGGAGCUCUCCACAGCAGUCGCAGUGGCUGCCAGCAACAGGGACUUGGCCUUCAACCUCUACAGGGCCUUGGCUGCAGCCGAGCCUGGUUCCAACGUCUUCUUCUCCCCGAUCGGCAUCUCCAUGUCCCUGGCCAUGCUCGCCCUGGGGGCCCGGGCCCACACCAAGACGCAGAUCCUGGAAUGCCUAGGCCUCAGCCCCCAGGACCCCCAGGACCCCCAGGGGGAGGAGCAGCUGCACAAGGCCUUCCGGCAGCUUCGGCUGAAGCUGAGCCAGCCCCAGGACAGCCGCCAGCUGAUCCUGGGCAAUGCCCUGUUCGUGGACCAGAAGCUGGGGAUCCGGGACACCUUCCUGAGGGCUGCCAAGACGCUGUACCUGGCCGAAGCUCUCACCAGCAACUUCGAGGACCCCCAGGGGGCUGAAAAGCAAAUCAACGAUUACGUGGCCAACCGAACCAAAGGCAAGGUCGUGGACCUGAUCAAGAGUCUCGACCGUGACACCGUCCUGGUCCUGGCGAACUUCGUUUUCUUUAAAGCUCCGUGGCAGACGAGCUUCAGCCCCCAGAAGACCCAGGAGAAGGCCUUCCACGUGAGCGAGGACGUGGUGGUGCAGGUGCCCAUGAUGACCGACGAGGCCCUCUAUUAUUACCUCCAAGACCCCAACCUCUCCUGCAGGGUGGUGGCCGUCCCCUACCAAGGCAACGCCACCGCGCUGUUUGUCCUCCCCCGUGCGGCCUCCUUGGAGCGGGUGGAGAAGGGGCUGAAGGAGCAGACGCUGCAGGAGUGGCUCAAGAAGCUGAGAAAGAGGCAACUACAGCUCUACCUUCCCCGCUUCUCCAUGGAGGCCUCCUACCAGCUGGAGAAAACCCUCCCCCAGCUGGGUAUCGGAGACAUCUUCAGCUCCCAGGCUGACCUGGGCGGCCUCAGCCACCAGGCCAACAUCCAGGUGUCCGAGAUGGUGCACAAAGCCGUGGUGGAGGUGGACGAGUCAGGCACCCAGGCGGCCAGUGCCACGGGGAUGGUCAUCAUGGCCAGGGUGGCGCAGGCGCACAGCCUCAGGGUUGUGUUCAACAAGCCCUUCCUGGUGCUCAUCAUGGAGAACAAGACCAGAAACAUCCUCUUCCUGGGAAAGGUGGUCCACCCCUGAGAUGGGCUCUUCUUCUGAAAGACCGCAGGCUUCCAUGAGGGGGUGGGGGGGGUGGGGGGACACUGGCAGCUCGGGAUGCCCACGGGUUGAGUUGAUUAAUGAGCAGUCACAAUCGAUAACACAGAGAGACCCAUUCCUUUCAUCCAGGCUCAGGACAUCAGGGCCCCUAGAGAACCCUGGACAUCAGGGCCCCUAGAGAACCCUGGACAUCAGGGCCCCUAGAGAACCCUGGACAUCAGGGCCCCUAGAGAACCCUGGAGAACUUUCCAUCCUUUCCAUCACCAUGAGGCCCAGGGAGGAUGGCCGACUCCUCCAGGUCACAGGGCAUCUUAAGAGCGAAGGAAGGCCCAGAGCCCCAGCCCCUCAAUGGCCAAGUCACUGCCACAUCGCAGGAGCUUUGUCCCAUAGAUAAGAGAUACGGAGGAAGCAUAUCUGGUCUCCUGUCUGCCAGUAAUACCAGUGAUCAGCUCUGGGGGCAUGGCGACGGGCCUCUGUCCAGGCCCCAGGCAGCUAGCUUGCGACCCGGGGUAGCAUUGCCCCUCUCUGGACCUCAUCUCCCCAGGGAAGGGCAGAGGGUUCCCCAUGUAUUCUUAAAGCACCAAAAUGAAAGGAACACGGAAUCAGGUAGAGAGACUGAGGUGUGUCCCGCCGACUGCCGUGGGACUUCCGUGCACUCCGGUGCCCUCUUCUCUAGGGAAAGCAAGUGGGCAGCAGCCGGAAGUGCCCAUGGCAGGAUCGCACCCUCCUGAGAGCUGCCAUCUCCUGGGCCUGGUCGGGCUGGGGGAGAGAGCUAGAAGCCUGUGUGAGUCAGAGUGUUGUCUGGUGACCGCCCUCUGGGCUUUCGUGUCUAAGGUAGUAAUAAAGCACAUUGCAAAACCCA